ACAAGCUUUUAUUUACUUUCACCUGACCGUUGUCUGUUUGUAAUCAAAUCUUGCAAGUUAAAUUUGAUCCACUUCCCGGUUUCCAAUUGAGCUGAAAGUUUGCAUGCAUAUGUAAGUCGGGUGCAAUAUUAUGGUACCAUCGAGCUGAUCUGAUGAUGGAGACAAGAGGUGGACAUAGGAACUCUGUGAUAAAACAACGCAACCUAAUUGUGUUUGGGGUUUUUAGAAUUGGCUCGAUGAGUAUUAGUUGCCUGCGGAAAGAAAAGUACAGUCUGCGAUAAAAGCUUGUACCAAAAAUGAAAUUUUUGCCAAAAACUUGUUAGCAAAUAUAAAAACUGAUCAAGUUCAAACCAUUUUUUUGCCCUAAGAGCCCGCCGCCUCCUUGCACUGCGUUUGCUAUAGCAAACUAUUGAUAAAUAUUGCCAACACUAAUUUUCCUCUAUAAUACUUAUGUCAUUCAUCUUUUUGACGCCAAUGACGGAUAUAUCUGUAGGUCCAACGUCGAAGGUGGAUUAAUCCGACACAGACCACCGGACUAACAUAGACCUACUUACAUAUGCAUAAAGUUCAAUUUCAGUUUUGACACUUCGAUGACGUGGCGUCCGAGUGACAUCUUUUGUGUUUGACACAGCGUCAAAAAUGUUAAGAAUCACAAUAGCCUAAUUAAAACAAUAAAUAUUACUUUGUAAAUAAAUAUUAAUCCGCGAAAAGAUUACGUGCUAGUCAAAGUGCUAACUCGUUAUACUUACUUGCGUAAUUUUACAUACAAUUAAUGUUCCCACCCUCCCACUGCAAUAAUAAAUACGUAAGUAAAUAUAACAAUCCAUCACCGAAAGCACAAAACUCAACACGUGUUUCGCCUUUACGAGGCAUCCUCAGGAGAUGUUGUCGGUCCGAAGUCCGACGACUGAACAUACAUUAAUUGCAUGUAAAAAUACGCAAGUAAGUAUAACGGGUUAGAACUGAUUGACUUGCACGUUAUCUUUUCGCGGAUUAGUAAAGUAAUUUUUUUUUUAUUAAUAUGGAUUUCCGCAAAGUAACGCCUUAUUCUAUUCAUUAUUUCACAAUAGGCUAGCAACCGCCAUAAUAUCGAAGUUAGGUACGCUCUCAUUUUAAAACAACAUGCUGUAAUGAUAUGAAACUUGGCAUACAUUUAACAGGAGAUACCAACACAUACCAAAAGUUCACUACCUUUAUUUUCUUUGUAUUAUGACUUUUACCAACCGGUGUUUAAGAGAGGUCAAAAAAGGCGAGUGGCGUGAGUAACAAUUUGAGGCGAAGCCGAAAAUUGUUAAUAAAGACGCUACGAGUAUUUUUUGACUCAGUUAAACAACGUUGCAUACAAUACUUUUUCUACGACCAAGCACUUACUUUGAAAUAAAAUUGUGAAUUUAACAAAUAUUUUUCAUGUCAUCUAUCGCGAAUUUGAAGGCAGCGAUUUUUUAGUGACUUACCACAAUAACCACAUUCAAGAAGUAACAAAGAAUGGAGGAUACGGGCGGGAAAAUAAAUGAAUGAAAUUAAAAAAUCUUGUCUAUGGUUUACUUAUUUGUCAGAGAUGACAUUUAAAAUAAAGUUGGCAACAAUGUAGGUAUUUCAUACAAUAAUUUUUAAUUAUACUCAAGCUUGUCCUCGAGGUUAGCAUUUAUCACAUGUAGUAACACAUACGGUGUCGCCAUUCACGCACUUUAUUUCGGAGACUUAGCGGCAAAAACAUUUGCUCAAACAUUUUUUUUUUUUUUUUUUUGGCGGGUAUAUUGUAACUUAUCUUACCUGGCUUCUACCCGAAUUCGCGCCAUCAUUCACAUUUCAGUGCUCCGCCACUCCGCACGUGAAAAAUUACGCCGCGAAUAAACGAAUAAUCAUGGUCAAACGUACACGUACGAAUUCAAAUGAUUAUGAGUGCAUUGCGAGAAAAGUUAAAAAACUCGAACGCAUGUUAAUUCGUGCACGGCGUAAACGUAGUGAUCGACAAGGAUCUGCCGCAUCGCUGUCGCCGUCUUCCGGAUCACAAUCGUCGUCGUCCAGUUCAUCUUCGUCACGGUCCAGGUCAGCUUCACCGCGCCCGCGACACCGCGCACCCUCAAGACCUCGUUCGUCGCAGGAGCCGAUAAUCAUUGAAGACGUGCCCGACAACGAACAGGAAUCCAGUGUAAGGGUCAUCCACCCCGCGCCCGUCCGGCCAACGGAAAGAUUGGCCACACCUCUUCAGAUGCGCGCAGCAGAGAGCCCAGCAGCGCCUGCUCCACCGCUGACGAGAAGGUCUGCGCCUGCUUUACUUUCGACAAGCGCCGAGCCAGCCCCGACCCCACAAUUAUGCGUCGCUCAGGAGGUAAACAACUCACCAACAUCGUUGCCGCUAGGCGAGCCAGCUAUGGACGCCUCUGACGCAAUGGAUCUCGACGAAGAUCUCCUUAAAAUAUUAGGGGACGACCCCUCUCAAGUCAGAGUCUACGGCAAGGAGAUCAGACCUGAUCUUGCAGUACGCUUGCAACAUAUAGCUACUAAUGGGCUAGGUAAAGAUACACGUAAGGAACUUUUAGACAGGUACUUACCUCCUGCAAAUAGCGCCUUGAUUGAUGCACCUACCCUCAAUCCUGAGGUAAAAGCCGCCGUCCAUGAACAUGUCUUUAAGAGGGACAAAAGCAUAGAAAUACGACAGAAACAGAUUUCAUCUGCAAUUUCCGCCUUAUCAGAGAGCCUUACCUUGCUCUUGACUGAACAACCAAAGAACACAAAGCUGAUACAGCUAUUAAUGGACUCUUGUAAGAUUCUAUGUGACAGUCAGCACGCAGAAUCGUUAGUUAGGAGGAACUUUAUUCUUCAUAACUUAAAGAAGGAGCUUAAAGACGAAUUACAAACAACCAAAAUUGACAAGUUACUCUUCAGUCAGGAACUUGCGGAAAAAAUAAAAGCCGCUAAGGCCAUAAAUAAAUCAGGAGAUGAUUUGAAAGCCACACCAUCGACCUCAGGUCUGCAGGCUAAGAAGAACAAUAAUAAUAAAGUACCCCCCAAGAAUUUAAACUGGCGAGGUCCUCCCCAGAAUUAUUACAGGCCGAAGGGUACUCAGAGGACGAAGGAGCCUGCACUGAAGAGCCGUCGCGACAACUCCUCGAGAAAAUCAUCGCAUCCGCAUCACAGGCGCAGCACCCGCCGAUAGAUAUGGUAAAGUUUGCCGGCCGCUUAGCUCACUUCAGCUAUCACUUCACUUCAGUGGUCACUUCUAACUAACGACAAAAUUAUACUCUCGUGGAUACAAGGUUAUCAAAUACCCUUUUCAAGGCCUGUCGUACAGCGUACGCCACCUGCCCCUAGGGCGUAUUCUGAUUCAGAGAGAACACAGUUCCGACAUUCUGUUAGCGACCUACUAUGCAUAGGCGCCAUUUCGGAAUGUCAGAGCUGUGAAGGCCAAUUUAUAUCCCCAGUUUUUUUGGUACCUAAACCGAACGGAAAAAUGAGAUUUAUCUUAAGUUUGAAAGAGCUAAACAAAUUUAUAAAUACAAAACAUUUUAAACUUGAAGACCUACGCACGGCCUUGAAAUUAAUAUCUAAGGAUAGCUAUAUGUGUAACCUAGAUCUCAAGGACGCGUACUUUUUAAUACCAAUACAUGGAUAUUUUAAAAAGUACCUUAGAUUUACUUUCCAAAAUAAAUUAUAUCAGUUCAAUGUCUUGCCGUUCGGUUUAAACAACGCACCUUAUGUUUUCACUAAAAUUAUGAAGCCAAUCAUUAGUCUGCUUAGAUCUUGCGGCUAUCUGUCCACCGUGUACCUUGACGAUUUGUUAUUGAUAUCUAGGUACCUAAUACAUGUCUAGAAAAUGUAUCAGACACUAUAAACCUUUUACAAUCCCUAGGUUUCAUUGUAAACCAUGAAAAGAGUAAUUUAACGCCUCAUGCGAGUUGUAAAUUUUUGGGAUUCAUCAUAGACUCAAAAAAUUUAGAGGUUACUUUACCACUGAAAAGAAAUUGAAAAAAUUAAAUCUGAAAUGAACACAUUCCGUAAUUAGAAACGUUGUUAAAUUAGAGAUUUUGCUCGUGUUAUGGGUUUACUUACUUCGGCAUGCCCAGCUGUCGAAUAUGGUUGGCUUUACACCAAAGAACUAGAGCGUCGUAAAUAUUUAAAUGUAAUUGAUGAUGACAAUUUUGAUAAGUAUAUGACAAUUAUGAUAAGUAUUGUCUAGAGAUCUAUAGUGAUGCCUCAACUAUGGGAUGGGGGGGCCGCCUGUGGUAACGACCGGGGUAGUGGGUUGUGGAGCGCCGAAGAACGCUCACAACACAUAAAUUAUUUAGAGAUUUUGGCCGCCUUUUUUGGACUUAAAGUUUUCGUAAAGUCUUAUCAUGACUGUCAAAUUCUGUUAAGAAUUGACAAUACAACGGCUAUUUCCUACGUUAACCGCAUGGGUGGUGUACAGUUUCCACACCUUACAGACGUAACAAGAAAGUUAUACUUUGUUCGCAUCUUACAUAAGCUCUGCUGAUAAUGUUAUCAGCGUCUGCGAUUAUGUAAUCGCAGACGCUGAAUCUCUUCGAGUCUAUCCAGAUAUAGAGUGGGAACUGUCACAAUAUUAGUUUCAAAAAAUUGUAAAAGAAUUCGGAUCUCCUUAUAUAGAUAUUUUUGCAAGUAGAAUUAACAAAAAAUGUAAAAAAUAUAUUUCAUGGCACAGGGAUUCUGAUGCCUUUAAUAUAGAUGCAUUUACAGUGCCGUGGUCAAGUUUCUAUUUCUACGGCUUCCCGCCUUUUGCAGUCAUUCUUAAGACACUAAGAAAAAUAAUAAAUGACAAAGCUCACGGAAUUAUCGUAGUCCCACUUUGGCCCACUCAACCGUGGUACCCAUUGUUCAAAGCCUAUUAGCUUCUAAACCUUUAUUUUUUCAAACCGAAUAAAGAUCUUAUUAUCUCUCAUUCCAGCAACCGAGAUAUUCACCAAAAGAUUACCCUGGUUGCAGGGAUCUUAUCAGGACGUCGAUGAUGAAGAAAUUUGUACCAGAAUCUGCAAUAUGCAUUAUGCUGGCCUCUCUGUCAAAUAGCUCACUAAAACAAUAUGAUUCUUGUCUCAAGAAAUGGUUUUCUUUUUGUAUUAAUAAUCAAGUAGAUGUUUACCAAGCAUCUGUUCCAAAUGUGAUUUCUUUUUUAACUGAUUUGUACCACUCUGGUGCUCAAUAUGGAACACUAAAUAGUUGCCGGUCUGCUCUUUCAUUAAUCUUAGGUGCAGACAUAGGCAAUGAUAAUCGUAUGAAACGUUUUUUCAAAGGCAUAUUUCGCUUACGUCCACCUUUACCAAAAUAUAGCAUGACCUGGGACACAUCUGUAGUUCUGAACUCUCUUGCAAAUUGGUAUCCAAAUGCAACUCUUAAUUUAGAAAAAAUAUCGAAAAAACUUGUAACGCUACUAGCUUUAACAACAGCACAUCGAGUUCAGACUCUUUCCAAAAUUAACAUUAAGAACAUUGAGUUUCAUGUCAAUGAAAUUCAUAUAAAAAUUCCAGAUUUAAUAAAAACUUCGCGCGUUGGUGUUGCACAACCAACUCUUGUUUUACCAUAUUUCCGAGAAAGGCCGGAAAUAUGUCCAUGUGCUGCUUUACAUUCUUAUUUAGAUGUGACAAAAACUCUUCGUAGUAGUGAUGUCCUAUUUGUAAGCUUGAAUAAACCACACAGAGCAAUAACUUCCCAAACCUUAAGUAGGUGGAUUAAGAAUACUUUGCAAGAAUGUGGUAUUGAUAUAUCAAUAUUUACAGCCCACAGCACAAGACAUGCUGCGACGUCUAGGGCUCAUAGAUUAGGAGUCAAUUUAGAUGUAAUAAGGAAAACUGCUGGGUGGAGUGGUACCUCCAGCACGUUUGGACGCUUUUAUAAUAGAAUUAUUGUUAAAAAUAUCAAUUCCUGUACCUUGGCAAGAAGUAUAUUAAAUGAUUCAUUGUGUGACAAUUAACAAGGUGAUAAAAUAUUGUUUAAUUAUUUUCUGUUUGAUCUUACAGUUGUCCAUAAUUGGACUAAGAAUACAUUCUCUUUAUAAUGAUUAA